AUGCCACACGAAGAUGACGUCCCCGAUAUCCCUGAAGAGGCUCCCCUUGAGACUGACCUCUAUGAGACCUUGGGGGUUCAAGGGGAUGCGACUGCAGAUCAGAUCAAAUCCGCAUACAGGAAGCUGGCGUUGAAGCAUCAUCCUGACAAGGCCCCCGAGGAUCAAAAACAAGAAGCAAACAAGAAGUUCCAGCAGAUCGCCUUCGCCUAUGCGAUUCUGUCGGACGAGCGACGUCGCCGCCGAUUCGACCUGACAGGCAGUACCGCCGAGGCAGUGGACGAGGAUGACGACUUCAACUGGACAGACUUCUAUCGUGAACAAUUUUCGAGUGCAAUCGAUGUAAAGGCGCUCGAUAAAUUCAAGCAGGAGUAUCAGGGCUCGGAAGAGGAAGAGAGCGACCUGCUCGCGGCGUUUGAGAAAUACCGAGGCGAUAUGGACAAGAUUUAUGAGUCGGUAAUGUUGUGUAACGUGCUUGAUGACGAUGAACGCUUCCGCGCCCUCAUUGACAAGGCGAUUGCCGAUGGCAAGGUUGAGAAGUACAAGAAGUACUCUGAGGAGCCGGAAAGGAAGCGACAGCAGAGAUUCAAACGUGCACAGAAGGAAGCCAAAGAGGCCGAGGAGGCUGCUAAAGAACUUGAGGAGAAGGAAGAAGUCAAGGGGACUACUAAGGCGAAGAAGGGAAAGAAAAAGAAGACCUCUGCUAUGGAUGACAGCGAUCUAGUCGCUCUGAUUCAGCAGCGACAGGCUUCCCGUGCCGAGUCCUUCUUUGAUAAACUCGAGGCGAAAUAUGCCCCUGGCAAGAAACGAGGGGCGAAAUUUGAGGAGCCUCCUGAAGAAGCUUUUGAAGCCACCGCAGCUCGACGCAGCUCGAAAAAGAAGAGGGCUACAUAA